AACGUCGAAACGGGUUGGGUGGUCGGUGACAUGUCUUCCACGUCCUCCACGAAGACAGCCGGCGCAAUUGUGGGUCGACGAGCAUUCCUCGUCAGUGUCCGAGUUCGGAAAUCGGUCAUGGGUCGAUGCUCUCGCGGACAUGACGAUUCGCUCGAAAUCGAGAAGAUCGAUCCCAUUUAAUAGAAAGAAAUCGAGAAAUGUUAUCCGCAUUCUCAUGACUCUCGGGCGUUAUCUCAAUAUUCGGAACAAACGUUGAAAUGCAUGUGUAACUCUAAAGAAUAUUGUCAAAUCUUGAUUUAGCAAUCUAAACAUCAAAGAAUCGCGUUGAGAUCUAGAAUGUGAAUAAUGAAACAAUAUUCUUACGGUUCUGCCAAUGUUUCAACGUGUAAUCCAUGCGUGAAUUUGAUAAACAUCUUUUUUGCGGUAUUUGGUAAUUUACAUACGUGGAUUUUUAUGGUCGUGCGGAGGCUGUCAUCGCGAUUUCGCGCACGGAAGUGAUCGAUGUCGUGCGUCGCUAAAAGCGGAGCGGUAAAGGAGCGGCGUAGGAUUCAAAGUGCCGAGGUGAGGUGAGACUGCACCCCUGGUGUUGGUGAACGGUGCGAAGUACGGGAGGCCAAGCUAUUUCUCAGCUUCAGCGGCAGAGCCUUUCUUCGCGGGAAUAUAUCGACACGUCACGAGCACACUGGCCCGUUUACAAUAUCGCGUAUAGGAACGUGCGCGCGCUUACAUUUUGGCCGUCUCGCACCUUAUCGGGCAAGAAACAUCGCUCCGCAAUGAUUCCGCAUCGAUCGCGAUCCUUUUAGAUCGUUUCAAGAAACAAGAUAAGCCAAAAGUGCCUGAAAAUUAAUUUUAAAUAUAACACAGUUAAUGAUAAAUAAUGCAUAGCGAUCAGAAAAGGGUAAAACUUUUUGAUUAUAAUAAUUGCAAAACGAUCGAGUGACAGACAUACGAUAUUGAUUUGUGGAGUGCACUAUAUUGAUUCCACGUUGAUUCAUGAAGAAACAAUCAUAUUUGUUUUUAUGCGCUACUACCAUAAUAUAUUACAUUUUAUCAGUGUCAUUCUUUUCUUGUCCAAUACAACAAAAAAGCAACAGAUUUAAACAUACAAUUAAAAACUACAAGAUAACGCGCGCGAGUGACAAUUUCUUAUUUCUCAAGUAUUACCGGCAAUCUUGGAACCGUCUUUCUUCUUUCUACAUUAUCAAAAGCUGCUGGAUCGUUUCAAUCACGUAAUCCGCAAAACCUACAUCGCGUGAAAAGAGUGUUCCGUUUCUACAUGGGGGCGUAAUCGACCUGAAAUAACUCCGCCAGGUGCUUCGCAAAUUGUUUCUAUCAGCGUACAGUCUCCGGGGGGAUCAUCGGCGAUGCCGAAGACCACGCCUGGAGGUAUCAAGAAGCAUCGCAGGUUAAGGCCGGCCGGAGGUUGCGUGGUGGAGGUUAGCAAACCACCACCGCUUCUCCUCUUCGCCUCCUCCGCCACCGGCUGGCAGCCUGCCUGGCUCGCGUCGUCCUUUCGGUUCUCCAGCGAGACUCUCAGUUGGCCGCCGACUGCCGUCCGGGCAUCGCGUUCGUUUGCGUCACUCUGCGUUUGCGUUGCUGUUUUGGAAUUCGCUCUGUCAGAAUACCAUCGUUUCAAAGUUUCAUCUUGUUUUCAUACGUUUCGAAAUUUUGUCUUUGCUUUUGCGCGUUUUUCGAGAUUUUCUUUUUAUUUAAAAAAAAGUUACGCAAAGUCGUCGAUUCGCCUUUCUUAACUUACACGCGACUGCUUAUCUCUCGACCGGCGCGGAAAAUCGGACCACGAGAAGAGUGCAUUUCCGCAUGAUGAAGCGCAUCGUCGACGUUCGCUCGCGAGAGCACCUACGGCGCUUGUGAAAGCCCGCAAUCGCGAAACUGUGACUGAUUGACAGCCCGCUGCCUUCUCUGGAUUUUUUUGCGGUUUAAUCUGACACACUGCGUGAACAUCGAUCAGGCAGGAGGUGAGAACGCGGUUCGCGAGCAUGAAAGUGGAGAGCGGAGCGGCGACAACAACGGUUCUUCAUAAGGUCAAGGUCAAGGAAGAGACGAAGGAAUGCUGCAACUACCAGCAGGCUUCGCCGUCGUCCACAUCAGCGGUCACUACUACGACCGUCGCGACGCUCACUAUCUCCGCCGCGACGGCGAUCACCACGACCGUCACUAACAGCAAUGGCAUUUCCACCGUGGGCGCGAAUCCGUCGACGACCACCGCGGUGGUCGCCGUUGCCGCCCCUGUUCUGCAGUCCUCCAACAUUAUCUGCCAUCCGCCGACGACGACCGUCUCUAACACCGUCGAUCCUUUCCCGGUUGAUCUCGAUCUUAAGGCCAAGAAUAAGGUGUCCUCUGCGCCGCGGGAGAAAUCCUCGCGGGAGGAAAUGGUCCAGCCCGAGGCGCACUCGCCUUCGUCUCAGCAUCAAAGGAUCAAUCAGCAGAAGCAGGCAAACGGCUCUCGGUCGGAGUACAAAGGCGCGUCCGGUUGCUCCAGAUCCUCCGACAACGACAGCCCUUUGCCCUCGCAGUCGCUUAAGCCCGAGCUGGAGGAAGGGCCCGGCACCGCCAAUGCCGCCGCGUCCAGGACGGACGAACAGAGCGGCGACGGCGCCGCGCUGGCGAACGGCACCGGUGGUGGUGCGUCUAGGUGCGUCAGCGGCAUUUUUGCGGGACACGGCAAGCUCAAGAGGUUACUGGGCACCCUGGUGCAAUUCGCCACCGACAUCUCGACGGACACGGGUGACACGGUGCGCACGCUGGUGCUUGCGCUUCUGAGUGGCAGCAUGACCGCCGAAGAGUUUCACUCGGCAUUGCAAGAGGCGACCAACUUCCCACUCAGAGGAUUCGUCUUGCCGUACCUUAAACAUACCUUGCCCUCUCUUCAGAGGGACUUGAGCAACGCUGCCAGAGCGAACAACCAGAGUUGCGUGCAGUUUCUCCGUUCCAACGAGUCCGCCGUUCUAGAGGCCGUAGGGUUGGUCUCGACCGGUGAAUCCGUCGAGGUCUUCGGUGAGCACGGGAGUGCAAACGGGAUCGGCGGCGCUAAUCAGUGCUCCACUCAGUACACUAUGCGUUCAAAUUCUAAUCCUGGCGUCGGCGCUAUUCAGCACGCAGCAGGCAGUAACGCUGCAGGCGCGUUGCAUCAUUAUCCUGGCGUCGCUCACGCACCGAAACGCCGUGCCUCCGACACCCCGUACUACGAAAACGGAGCUCUUCUAGACGACAUGCCGGUGUACGGCAAAAGAUCUACCAAUCCGUGGAGCCAUCACCAUCAGCAGCAGCAGCAGCAGCAGCAGCAGCAGCAGCAACAACAGCAGCAGCAGCAGCCGACGGACUCGUCGUAUUGCUGGUACCAUCCGCUGCAUUCUUCGGGUGGAUCGAUUCAAGGUCACGCGCACGGCCAUGGCCACGGACCGAGCCCGAUGCCGCCUAGCCUCGUGCAGAUUAAUCAGAUAAACGCGUUCUCCACGCCGCAUCAUCUCAGCCAACAGCCGCAACAAUCGAUGAGUCACGGGCUGCAGACACCGAACGGUGGCAGCCUCGACGACGAGUGGAAGAACAUCCACGUGAUGCUCAACUGCAUCCUUGGCAUGGUCGAAAAGACGAAGAGAGCACUGGCGAUCCUCCAGCGGCGGGGUUGUUCCAGUCCGGCGGCGGCCGCGGCACCUCCGCCGAGUGUGAUCGCGGCGCAGAAUGGCUCCAGUACCAACGGCAGCGGCAACAAUCCCUCGUCAACCAAUGGCGUGCAGGUCGAAUCGUCCACCGGCGAUCGGGAUGGCAGUCUAAAGCGAUUGUCCGGCGAGAUCGUCGCGCAGACCAUCAGGGCGACCGAGGACAGGGUCGCUGAGGUCAAACGAAGAGCCGAAGAAGCUGUGUUAGAAGUGAAAAGGGCCGCGGUAGCGGAAGUGCAACGCGCCGUGGCAGUUGCGGUCGCGGAAUCGAGAGCGAACGAACGUUUGAGAGUUCACCGAUUAUUAGAUCUUCCUCUGUCCCAAAGAAAUCAUGGAAGUCUCCGUCAGGGCUCAUUCCUAAGGAUUCACGGGAGUUCGAGUGCGGUAGAGACUAACGCUAGAAACGUGACGACGCCGACGACGACAUCGAAUUCGACGCCGUCCACUACAGAAGACGAGAAAGAUGUCCAUCUCACCAGCAUGAUGGGAUCCAGUUGUUGGAAUUGCGGCAGGCCCGCUCUAGAGACUUGCGGUGGUUGCGGAAUUGCCCGGUAUUGCGGAUCUUUUUGCCAACAUCGCGAUUGGGAAGCCGGUCAUCAUGCGACUUGCAACAAUCUUCCUCCGCGCGAACCACGAAGAUCGGCCUCGCGUAGUCCGCCGAGGGUCGCCGCCACAAAUCUUUCCGCGAGCAUAAACGAGGUUGACGCCGCGUCGGUGGCGUCUACCGGCGUCUCAAAAGGAAAGUGACGUCGCGGUGCGAGGAAUCUGGGCUACCGAUCGGUCAAAUCAAUAGAUUACGAAUCGCGCUGAUCGCGCGUUCGCGUGUUCCUACGAGUACUCUCUCUUGUAAAAAAAUGGAUGAAUUAAAAUGAACCGAGAGGAAUUUGUCUCUUUGGUAAAAUUGAACACGUUAAGCUUUGAAAUUGAGGAUUAAUUUAAAAUGUCGUUAAAUCGUUAGAACUGAAACAAUAAGAAUAAAGCAGCAAACAACGAGUUUUAAAGUUAUUCUGUAAGUUGAAAAUUUAAACGCUCAUAUAUGUUCACAAAAUGAAAUUCUGCUAAUUCUUUUUAAUUCAUCUAUUUUCUGCAAGGUCUUCACCGAUCAUACAUCUUCUGCGUACUCUCACUAUUGUGUGCUUUUCUUCCCACGAAACUAACCGGAAAUUUUUUUUAAUCUGGAAAAAAUACGCGCGGACGAGAAUCCAAGCAACUCAAUAUAUCUAUAUAUCAGAAAAUUGAUUAUUCGCUUGUCAAGAAAAAUAGUUGGAAAAUGUUGGAAAUAAUCAAUUAUCCAUUGAAUAGAUACUUCUGUAGUUUCAGUCAGACGAUGAUAUAUGAUAAAUAAAAUUUAUCAAAAUUUAAUCAAUUAGAAAAAUACAAAUCUCCAACUGAUGAAUCUCAAUUUUGACAUCUCAGUAGUGUUUAAAAUUAUACUUAGCAAUGAAACAGCACAAAAGUCCGGAAGACAUUUGAAAGAUUGAAGCAUUUUCUGAAAGUGUCUGUUUGUAUAUAAUACUUCGAUAACUUAAUAUUUAUUUUACAUUAUUGGCUGAAGUGGUUGAUAUAAAAAAAAAGCACGAGAACAUACAGGAAAGCAUGUGAACUUAGAUAACUCGAUUACAUGUCUUGGGUGAAACGUCAAGUGUGAUAAAUGUGUUUUAGGACUUUAUCAAUUAAUCACGUAAAAUGAGCAACUGAUUUCACGUCAAGUAGCGUAACCGACCAAAUAGAUGUUUGCGUUUUCCAAGUAGAUAGCGCCGGCAAAAUAUGCACAGCACUGUCGUGAAUGUACGCGUUUAUCAGCAUCAAUCGUUCUCUUUUUUAUCCUCUAUCAAAUUGCAGAUUUUCAAUGUUAGUAGAAUUACACAAAACAAUAGAAAUAAUGCGUGUCUUUAAACACUUUCUUCCUCGAACGAAAGAAUAGAUAAUGAAUUCGAUCAGUGAAUCGACGAUGCGUGAUUCGUAUUAUUCUGAAUCGAGAUUAGCGCAGUAAAUAGUAGUAUUACGAAAAUAACUCUCUCAUUAGCGUAAGCGUUUUCUCGUUUUCAUCAUUAGCAGAUUGAAUUUUUUUAAUAUAAACAAAGCGAAACAAAGCUGAAAAACGCACUCGUUUAAUUAGCAAACUUUAUGUGGAUACAAUUAAGAAAAUGCAUCUUCUUCUUUGAUAAAAACUUGACGAAGCACAAAAUUUAUUGCUUUCGAAACCAGUUAACAUAUAUAUGAUGGAUAAAAUUAUAUACGAUUUGUUAUACGCGAGUUAGUUUCUCUUCUUGUUAAACGAUCGAGCAAUAUGUGUUCUCUCACAUGGAUGUAACUUUUUACUGUGAUUCAAUAUUAUAUUGCAAAAUAUCGUUAUGAAAAUAAUAUGUAUCGCGAGGUGAAAUUGAUAUAAAUAGUUACAC